GGGGAAUUUAUUUGCCUUAUGAUAGUGAGUUUUAUGUUACUCUCUGACCCUGCAGGUGUUGGCCGUACCGUGAGGCGGAGGUAACCGGCGGUGUGUGUUGUGAUCAUCAGCUGGACCACCGCCACCGGGACUACCCAGACACCCGCUCGUUACUUUCCCAUCAUGACCUCAGAGAACAACGAGAAUGGCAACGGCAAUACCCUCAAAUACUUUUACUGGUACACCUCUUUUUACUCUCAGAGGGCUCUGAUGGCUCUAUAUGAGAAGCGUGUGCCUUUCAAAACACAAAUUGUGUCAUUGCUAGCAGAGGAACAAUAUGAACCUUGGUUUUUGAAACUUAAUCCAUGUGCAGAAGUACCAGUACUGACAGAUGGGGUCAAGGUUAUCCCUGACUCAACCCGUAUCAUAGAAUACUUGGAAGACAACUUUUCUAAUGGUCAGUUUGGACAGCUAACUCCGAAGGAGAAAGGCAGUGAGGAAAGCAAAAACAUUGAGAAAUUUCGAGACCUACUUGAACCACUACCUGUACCACCCCUUACUUUUGGAAUUGCUGCUCAUCCUGAAUUAACGGAUAACCCAAAACCACCGUUCACACCAUUUAUACUCAAACGAAUGAGGGAAAUAACUAAGAAUCGCCCUGCUAUAAUUAGAGAACAUGCAGAGAAAUCAGCAGAGUUUCGGGAAGUUCUCAUGAAAAAAGCUGCAGAGGCAGAACAGGGAGCACUUAGCAUCAACAAAACCAGAGAAGAAAUGGAUGCAGUCUUGCAAGAGUUUGAUGCAGCAUUACAGAAAGUGGAAGAGGAACUGUCAUCUCAUACAGGAGAUAAAUCUGAAUGGUGGCUGUGUGGAGAACUUUUCAGCAUUGCUGAUAUAGAUCUAGCCAUUCUUCUAAAUCGAAUUAAUCAGUUAGGCUGUGAGCAGAGAUUUUGGGCAGGAGGAAAACGUCCAUUUUUGGAAGCUUACUGGAAUAAGAUGCAGAAAAGAGAUUCGUUUAAGAGAGCUACAUACUUCUCAGCAAAUGCUAUGCGUUUCUCUAAACUCCGAGGAACCCUGAAACAAAGUAAAACCUUUCUAGCAUCAUUAACAGCAGCAAUGGGCAUUGCUCUUUUAUCUUACAUAGUAUAUCGACGGGUUUUGAAGUCAUAGGAGAGAAUUUUCAGCAAUUUUUAUUACAUUAGCAUCAAUGUUUAGGCAAACAAAAUUUGAAGUACUGUAUUUAAUUGUAGCUACCUAGAUUUAUCAGGUUUAAUGAUUUGGCUCAUCUUCAGUAGGACACACUGUUUAGGAAAAAUGCAAAUCUUGAUUCAUCCAAGACUUAAAUAAGUGAUUGAUGUAGGAUCAAGAUGUGAGGGAUUCUCUUGAUGAAUGUGGUCAUGUAAGAGUCAUGUAAGAGUUAAUUACCAGACAGUGUUUGAACUCGGACCAAUUUUCAUAGCUUAAAUAAAGAACGUAUACAGUACAGUCUAUCAUACAAUGGUAAUUGCAAGUCCUUAUUUUCAACAGAUAAUCUUUAUAGGCAAUGUUAUAUAUUACGGGGAGGAUGGAUCGUCCAUAUACAGUAUAAUCCAUCUUCACUUGGUUACCGGUAUGUACAUUUUAAUUGAACUCAGAUUCUAUUAACAAUUGCAAAAGUUCCAUUUACCCUUAGUGAUAUAUUCCAGUAGACAAAAUUUCUAAUUUCUAAUUUAUUUUCUUCAGAUCACUAUAUCUUACUGUUGUGAGGUUAUAUUUAAAUUUGUUCAUUAAUUGGAGAGGUUGAUAAUAAUUUGACAUUCACAUCUUUGACUAAUUUCCUGUUAUCUUAAGAUACAUGAACAGUGCUUAGGAUUGCAACAGACUUUUUGAGAUUAUAUAGAAUAGGUAUUUGUGUUAAUUAGAUAUGGAAGAAAAAGGUUGUGAGAGAGAAUAUUCUGCUACCUCAAUGCUGACUGAAGUUCUGUGUGAACUUUAUUCAACCUUAUUAUUACAUAGCCGCUCCUUUGUCAUUAAUCAAGUUCAGUGCUCUUUAUGUAACAUAAUAAUACAAACAAAUACACUAAGUAAAGUGAAAGUGUGUUUGCUCUUGGUUCUGAGAAAGAGCCUUGAUGAUUGAAAAAGUGCAAUUCUUGUACAAUAGAACUAUGAAAAUAUGUAUGUUAUAUUUUACCACAUUUAAGUUUUUGUUAAGGUUACUGUAUUUAGUUAAUGCAUCAUAGUAAUGUUUAUGAAGUUUAUAUUAAUCUGCAUGCAACUGAAUGAAGCUACAAAUUGAAUUAAGAUAUGAAAAAGGGAAGUCAGGAUUUAAAAUAUGACUCACUUAACAUAGCAUGGAGAGAUUGAAAUUGGUUAACUUUUCAAGUAAUACUCUCAUUAAAAUUGACAUGAAAGCUGAGACAUUAGAAAUACCUUUUAAUAGUAGUCAAAUGAGCUGAGCCAUAAGGAAAAUGAAUAAGAAAAAAAAGAUUUAGCCAAGUGGGACAAGGUAUGUAGGAAGUAGAGGUACAUCAAAUUGUAUGGUGGUGAAGCAUUUGUUUGUAAUACAGAUUGCAGUUUAAUUGGUAGAGUACAGCACAAGAAUUUGGUGCUGUUUUUCUGAAAUUUGGUUGUCACACAAAGAGUAAUAGUUGGAACAAUAGACCAUACUUAUAUAUAGAGGUUAUCUAACAGUAUACUGUACACAGAGAAGAAUGGGAUAUAAAGGAAAAUUGAAAAGACUGAGUAAGAUUAGUUUACUGAUGGAGGAAUCUGAGAAUGCACAGACUGAGGUAUACAAUAAUGAGAAUGUUCUGCUUGGUCUCUUGGCUGUAAAAGUUAGGUUAGGAAAUUUUGGAAAGCUUUUGGGUUGCAGAUAGGUUGAAGGGAAGGAUAACAUUAAUGAAUUUGGUUAUCACAUUUUAAACAGUCACAAUAUUUGUUACAGUCUUUGCGCCACAUAAGCUUUGGUUAUUUUUCAUAGUACAGGUUGUACCUCUCUAGUCCGGCAACCUCGGGACCUGACCGGUGCCGGACCAUGGAAAUUCACCCUUUUCCUGGAUAGUGACUUGUGCUUAUGCUUG